CCAAAUGGUAACCUUUGACCCGCAUUUCCCGCCAUCCUCCAGUGAAACCCGCCACUUUGGAGUUUGGUUCGUCUCGAAAGAUUGUAGAUUUACAGGUUGAAUCAUGGCAAUCACACGUUAUUACCAGACCCCGGCCCUCAACCCAGGGGCACACGAGGUCACGUGUAAAAAGUUACAGACCAUCCUCGGCUCCAAGAAGAUCGGAGCAGUGACCACUGAGAACUGUUUCAACAUCUGUGUGGACGACGGGAAAGACUUGACCGCUGAGGAGCAGAAGAAACUAUUAUGGGUCAUCACGACUCCGUUUGAGGGGGAGAAGACGAGCCGGGAAUCUUUCCUCGGCAGGGACGGGGAGAAGGGCCUCCUGAUUGAGAUUGGACCAAGGUUAAAUUUCUCCACUGCCUUUUCCACUAACGCCGUCUCCAUCUGCCAUGCGGUGGGGCUGAAACAGAUCUCACGUAUCGAGGUCUUCCGUCGCUUCCUCGUCCAGUCAGCUGACGGCUCUUCUCCAAUCACGGCGGAGGAGGAGAGGAGGAUGCUGGGAGCCCUCCAUGACAGGAUGACAGAGUGUCGCUACACGGAGCCGGUGUCCAGUUUUGAGCUGGACGUGAAGCCGGACCCGUGGUAUGAGGUGGACGUGAUGAGUGGAGGGAAGAAGGCACUGAUGAAGGCUAACACUGAGCUGGGUCUUGCCUUCGAUGACUGGGACCUGGAAUAUUACACUAACAUGUUCCGAGACCAGCUGGGAAGGAACCCUACGAGUGUGGAGUGUUUCGACUUGGCACAGUCCAACAGUGAGCACAGCCGACACUGGUUCUUCAAAGGAAAGAUGGUUAUAGAUGGGAAGGAACAUGAGGACUCACUCUUUAAGAUGGUGAUGAAGACUCAGGAACACAGCAACGAUAACAACGUUAUCAAGUUCAGUGACAACAGCAGUGCUAUCCAGGGUUACCAGGUCCCAGUGCUCCAGCCCGGCCAGACGUCUGUGUCCAGUAGUUUUCAGGACAGGUCGGCACUGCGACAUGUCAUCUUCACAGCAGAGACACACAACUUCCCUACAGGUGUGGCUCCGUUCCCAGGUGCGACCACAGGUACAGGUGGGAGGAUCCGGGAUGUCCAGGCAGCAGGACAGGGUGCCCAUGUGGUGGCAGGGACGGCUGGCUACAGCUUUGGCAACCUCUCUAUACAAGGUUAUGACCUACCAUGGGAGGACAAGUCCUUUGAGUAUCCUAGCAACAUGGCCACACCCGUUGACAUCUGUAUAGAAGCCAGUAACGGUGCUUCUGACUAUGGGAACAAGUUUGGAGAACCGGUCCUGACUGGGUUUGCUCGGUCCUUUGGAAUGAGACUGGCUGACGGAGAACGGAAAGAAUGGGUGAAACCAAUCAUGUUUAGUGGGGGGAUAGGUCAGCUGGAGGGAUGUCACAUCACUAAGGACCAGCCAGCUGUGGGUAUGGAGGUGGUUAAACUGGGUGGUCCUGUGUACCGGAUCGGUGUGGGCGGUGGCGCCGCCUCCUCAGUCAUCGCGGGGGAGAACAAGGAAGAGCUGGACUUCGGCGCGGUGCAGCGGGGAGACGCGGAGAUGGAGCAGAAACUGAACCGCGUGAUCCGGGCGUGUAUCGAGAUGGCGGAGAAGAACCCCAUCCGGAGUAUCCACGACCAGGGCGCAGGGGGGAAUGGAAACGUGUUGAAGGAGAUAGUUGAGCCGGCUGGUGCUGUGAUCCGUACGAGUGAGUUCCAGCUGGGAGAUCCCACCAUCAGUGUGAUGGAGCUGUGGGGGGCGGAGUACCAGGAGAGUAACGCUGUCCUGGUCAGGUCUGCGGACGCUGGCACACUGAGGGACAUCUGCACCAGGGAGAAAUGUCCUGUAGCAUUUGUCGGGGAGGUCACAGGAGAUGGGAAGAUUGUACUGGAGGAGUCAGAAGCAGACUGCCCCGGGGAGGAGAAACCAGCCAAGCGUCAGCGGGGAGGCAGGAGACCUGUGGACCUGGACUUGGAGUGUGUGCUGGGAUCCAUGCCCAGGAAGACGUUUAACUUUGACACCAUCGCUCCAAAUCUCACCCCCCUGUCCCUGCCUGAUGGACUCGGUAUACGGGAAGCGUUGGAACGUGUGCUCCGCUUGCCGUCUGUAGCCAGCAAGAGAUAUCUCACCAACAAGGUUGACAGGUCGGUGACAGGCCUGGUUGCCCAGCAACAGUGCGUAGGCCCGCUCCACACUCCCCUGGCCGACGUCGCUGUCACGGCGCUCUCCCACUUCAGCACGGUCGGCUCGGCAACGGCGAUAGGGGAACAGCCAAUCAAAGGGCUGCUGGACCCGGCUGCCGGGGCCAGGAUGUCUGUCGGUGAGGCGCUCACUAACCUGGUGUUCGCCCGGGUCACUGACCUCAAGGACGUGAAAUGCAGUGGGAACUGGAUGUGGCCGGCUAAGCUGCCAGGGGAGGGAGCGGCACUGUUCCACGCCUGCAGGGCCAUGUGUGAUGUCAUGCAGCAGCUGGGAGUGGCCGUGGACGGGGGGAAGGACUCCCUCAGCAUGGCUGCUAAAGUGGGCCAGGAAACUGUCAAGUCACCAGGCACCCUGGUCAUCUCUGUCUAUGCUGCCUGUCCUGACAUCACUGCUACUGUCACCCCUGACCUCAAGUGUCCUGGGGGCAAAGGUGCACUUCUGUAUGUAGACCUGAGUGGAGGGAAGCACCGCCUGGGUGGCACGGCCCUGGCACAGUGCUACAGCCAGCUGGGAGACCAGUCACCCGACAUGGACCAGCCACAACUCCUGGUGCAGGGAUUCAACAUCACACAGAAACUCAUAGAAGAGGGCCUGCUGACAUCAGGCCAUGAUGUGAGUGAUGGAGGUCUGGUCACCUGUCUCCUGGAGAUGGCGUUCGCUGGGAACUACGGGCUGGAUGUCAACAUCACAGCAGACAACAAAGCCAGCCCAGUGUCUGUGUUGUUUGCUGAGGAGCUGGGGCUGGUGUUAGAGACGAGUGUGGAGCAGGCGGACGGGGUGGUGACCAGGUUCACACAGGCGGGCGUGUCCUGUCAGCGCAUCGGACACUCCCUGGGGGAAGGCACAGAUGCAGAGGUAAAAAUCUCGGUGAAUGGCACGGAAGUGCUGAAGGACAAAAUGGCCGCCCUCCGAGACGUCUGGGAAGAGACUAGCUUCCAGCUGGAGAGGCUGCAGACCAAUCCCCAGUGUGUGGCUGAGGAGGAGGCUGGGCUCCGGGCUAGGAAGGCCCCGCCCUACAAGCUGACCUUUGACCCAUCAGACACGCCCCAGCCACAGGUUUCCGUCAACGGGUCAGCCAACUCACAAGAGAGCCGACCGAAGGUUGCUGUGAUCAGAGAAGAGGGCAGUAAUGGGGACAGGGAGAUGGUGUCUGCCUUCCACAUGGCAGGCUUCCAGGUGUGGGACGUCAACAUGCAGGACCUGUGUACCGGCAAGGUCACCUUGGAGAGUUUCCGGGGGGUCGUGUUCGUGGGAGGAUUCAGCUAUGCCGACGUCAUGGGGUCUGCUAAAGGCUGGGCGGCCACGCUACUGUUUAACCCGACGGUCCGUGCCCAGUUCAGCGCCUUCAGGGCUCGCAGCGACACCUUCAGCCUGGGCAUCUGUAACGGCUGCCAGCUGAUGGGGCUGCUGGGAUGGGUGGCCCCGGACCAUGGACAAGUCAUAAUGGAUGGCUCAGGGGAUCAGUCCAGCCCUCAGCAAGGCGUGUUCCUGGCUUACAACGUGUCGGAGCGUUUUGAGUCCCGCUUUGUCACCGUGGCGAUCGAGGAGAGCCCCGCCCUGAUGCUGAAGGGCAUGGAGGGGUCGACUCUGGGUAUCUGGGUAGCACAUGGGGAAGGUCGGAUGCUGUUCAAGAACGACGCCAUUAGGUCAGAGGUCGAGCAGAACCACCUCACACCGCUACGCUACGUUGAUGAUGAUGGAAAGCCUACCACGGCGUAUCCCCUCAACCCCAACGGAUCGCCCAAUGGCCUGGCAGCGCUGUGUUCGCCCGACGGCCGCCAUCUUGCCAUGAUGCCACACCCCGAGCGCUGCACGCUCACCUGGCAGUGGCCCUGGAUGCCACAAGACUGGCACCAGUCAAUCAAAACAUCGCCAUGGUUACGAAUGUUCCAAAAUGCCUAUGUGUGGUGCAUGGAAAAUCAGUAAACACAGACAAUUAGUGGACCAAAAGAGAUCUCUUUUCUGUUACUUUCACUGGCUGACGGAGAAAAAACUAUAAAUACCAAAUGUUGUUGAAAACCUUCCCACUAUUUAUCUUUUUGUACGUAAAAGAUGUCUUAUACAGCAAGUUGGCAGCACGUACUGCACAAAAAAUGCACAAAACCUGGAUUUUUCAUGGUUUUUGUUAGAUGUUAGGGUUAACUUUGCAUCAGAAUUUUGCCUGUUGCAGACCAUCUUUUCUGAUACAACAGAUAGGAUGUCAUCCUUUAAUACACAGAUAUGACCUAAAAUGAGAUGUUUUCCCUUAGUGCUAUGCACAAUACAUUUCACGCAGGUGCAGUGCGUUCUGCCGAUGUGCUGUCCUAUACAGAAAAGCAGGCUACAAGUAUGUGAUGGGUAAUUUGGGGGAGAAAAGUAAACAUGGCUGACCGAUUUACUUGUUGUAAAUGUUGGUGAUGAUUUGGCUCAACUUUUUGGCACAUAGAAAAGAAAAACAGGCCAAUUCUGGUAGAACCAGUGGUCAUGUCAAAUUUGAUGUUAUCCAAAAUGUUGGCUGUUGUGGAGCUGAAAGGUAGAUCAUGUCAGUAUCUAGAUGUGCCUGUGUGAUUUUUGAUAGUAUAGUUUGUAGUAAUGCUGCUACAUUGCAAUCCUGACAUUAUAGCUUGAUUUUGUGGGAAAUAGUAAGAUUAGGCUGCCUAUCACAAUAAAGAUAUUUACACUGGUAAAAGGGCUUUCAUGUUUUCGUGGUGUCUUUAAUGAUGUGAAAGAACUUCCCAAUGCAUGCAUGUUA